AUGGCGACCCUUCAGACCCAAACCGCUGCAGUCAUCACUCCCACGGCUCCUGCCUCCGCCAAGGUGGAGGUGCAAAGCAACCGGCCCAUCCCCAUUCCAGGAAAUGGAGAAAUCCUCGUGAAACUCGAGUUCUCUGGGGUGUGCCAUUCGGAUUUGCACAGCAUUCGGGGGGACACGCCUAUGUUGACUGAUGUGGCUGGUCAUGAGGGCAUUGGGAAGGUCAUUGGCGUUGGUCCCGAGGUUGACGAGAAGCAAUGGAUUGGAACGCGUGUGGGAAUCAGAUGGCUCUAUAGCUCUUGUCGACAGUGCGAGAUUUGCGAGAUCAACCAUACCGCUUGUCCGUAUCAGAAGAAUGCUGGUGCUAAUGUACCUGGUACUUUCCAGCAAUACAUCGUCAGUCCAGCGCGCCAUGUGACGAAGAUCCCGGAGCAGCUAUCUCCAGAUACUGCAGCGCCCCUUCUGUGUGCUGGAAUUGCUAUGUACUCUUCAAUAAUGAAGACCAAAACUCGCCCGGGGGACUAUCUCGCCAUCCUCGGCGCCGGGGGUGGCCUAGGGCACAUGGGUAUCCAAAUCGCUGCCAAGAAAGGCCUCAAGGUCAUUGCAAUUGACAGCGGAGAAAAGAAAAAGCAACUCUGUCUCUCACUAGGCGCCACGGAAUUCCUUGACUUUCGGGAAGUCGAUAUCGUGCAAGCAGUCAAGACAAUCACGAGCUUUGGAGUGCAUGCCGUGAUCUGCACUGCAAAUGGUGAGCGGGCAUAUGAGCAAAGCAUGCGAAUGCUUCGACCUCUGGGAACGCUGGUCUGCGUUGGUAUUCCCGAUGAGCCCUUCAAACUCCCAGCUACUCCCUUUGAUAUGAUUGUCAAGGGGCUCACUAUUGUGGGCAAUUCAGCGGGCACGGCAGAGGAAAUGGAUGAGGUUUUGACCAUGGCUGUUGCUGGCGAUGUGAAAGCGCAUAUUGAGGUCUUUGGCUUGGAAGAGAUCAAUGAUGUGUUGGAUCGUCUUGAGCGCUCGGAGAUCGAUGGUAGGGUUGUUUUGAGGAUUCCCGAGUAG